CUUCAAAAAAGUAUCAACGCGCAUUGGUUGAGGUGUUCACAGAUCGCCAAAAAGCACUUUUCGCCCUGAAACUCCAUCUAGUCGCGGUGGAAAAGUGUGAAAAAUACUUCAGCGAGCAUUGGCGCAGCGAUUCGUGGUGACUGUCGGUGCGCGUGGUGUGAUUUUACCUGUGUUUCGCUGGGGGUGCUUUUGAACACAUUUUUUGUUUUGUCAAAGCCAUCUUUGCACCAGGCCCUUCGAUGGUAGAAGAGCUAUAGUACUGCUUCUCGGGGGAAAUACAGCCAUGAAUAUCGACAACGCCAAAGAAAACAUCCAACCUCUGGCCAGUGGUCGCAACAUAACGCUCCUCGAGGCCGCGCUGCACGCCGAGAACCACCAGGAUGCACACAGGGAGCUGAUGCAGAAGCGAGAGGAGUUCGAGCGACGGAUCGCAGAGUACGUUGGCGAUGAUCCUCUUGAGCUGUGGUACGACUACAUCCUGUGGAUUGAGCAGUGCUAUCCCAAGAGUGGGAAGCAGAGCGCCUUCGACAAUGUCCUGGUAAAGUGCAUCACGACGCUGGAGAACGAUGAGAGGUACCACCAGGAUCGACGGAUGGUGAAGAUCUACAUCAAAUUUAUUGACUCCCAGCAGACGCCCCAUGAGCACUACAACACACUGUACAAUCAGGGCAUCGGGACGAUGGUGGCGGACAUGUACAUCUGCUGGGCGUACUACUUCGAGGUCCUGGAGAACUUCCAGCGGGCAGAGCAGAUCUACCAGUUGGGCUUCGACGCGAGGGCGCAACCGCUGGACGAGCUGAAGCAGGCCCAUGAGCAGUUUCUGUCCUCCGUGGGCCAGAGGACGCUCUACAGCGACGAGAGGACGCGCCAGACGUUCUUCUCGAACAUGGAGGAGCGCCGGAGUGCCUUGACCUCUCUGCGCGGACACCAGAGCAGCAGGGUUGGCAGCAUUCGCACCGGUGGCGUGGUGAGGGACCUCAAUCCGGGCAGAGUCGACCAAUUGCCCGCCUCCAAUUCCCGCACGCCCUACCAGGCGGCUACGCCGGCGGGAAUUGCCAUCUACGUGGACGAGCAGGAGACAUUCAAUGGGCCACCGGAGGCGGGCACCUCGUCGGGCAUCCGCAGCAUUGUGGGCAGUGCUGGCAAGCAGGAGAACCAGUGGGAGCCGGGACCGUGGACGAAGGCGAAGAAGCGUACCCAGAGCAGUGCUCUCUUUCCCACGGGCUCACGAAGCGCCGCGAAACUGGACUUUGACAUCAUGGAGGACUCUGAUGACUUGAGUGAUGCAAUCCGUCUUCCGGAGAACUUUGUGCGCUAUAAUGCGCCCCAGCCGAAUUGGAUGGUCAGUGUGGCGCAGCAUGAGGAUCUGGCGGCCAGGGUGUUUCCGCUGUACGACAAGAUUCUGUGCUAUCCGAAGGGUGGACUUGUGGUGUUUUCGCCAGAGGAAUUGCGAGCUUUCAAUUGGUACAGGAAUCGCGGAAUGCGAGCGAAGAUCACAGCAGAGCUGGAGGAUUUCGUGGAGAACCGCUUUGAACAGGGUGUGCGCCUGCCGGAGAACUUCCGGCAGCGCAGUGAGAAGCAGGAUGAAUUUGUGGUGGAGAGUGCAGAGGUGAAGUUGCUGCCGAAUGAGAAGUUGAUGUGCUGUGCUGAGGCUAUUGGUGAUCAUGAGGAGGUGAGCUUCGAGGAGAUGCGUCGGGUGAAGUUUCAGCGUGUGCGAAUGGAAAAGCAGCGACACACCAAUGAAUUCUGUCCUCCUCAGCCACCACAGCCGAUGCCCAGCAUCAAUGAUAGCUGUAGCACGCAGACGUUCAACUUCUUCAUCAAGCCACAGAGUGUGAGCACUCCAAAACAGGAUCUCAAGAAGCCCAUCCACACGCCACGCUCGAGUUUGCCGCUGAAUCAGCAGCAACAGCAGCAGCAGCAGUGCGAUGUGAAGCAGCCCGAAGUGGCUGUGGCUGAAACCAAGACGACUCAGCAAUUGUCCACGAUUUGGGAGACAACGGAGCCCAGCACGACUACAUUCUGGAGUCGUGGGAGCACAAAGUCCUCCACAUCAUCUAACGAUUCACCGGACAAUUUGCUCACAAGGCGACAACAAGUGACCACAACGCAAGCACUUCACGGUGCGAUCUCAUCACUGGACUAUCACGAUGUGAGAAGUACGCCAAUUGCUGUCUACAAAGAUCACACGGACAGUGUUCUCGCGACAUCGAAGAAGCCAACACUUCCCAUGGACAACUACUAUGAUGACUUCUUGCAGUCGCCACAGGCUGGAAAGAAGACGUUCAACAGCAGCAAAAUAUCACCGCGAAGAGGCAAUGAUUCAUUCACAUUUCCCAGCAUGCAUCCAAUGGCAGUGUCUGGGAUGACUUCGUCGAUCUACGCGAAGCACGAUCCGGAUGCAGUGGCGGAGACAUCGAAGAUUGGCGGAAGUGUGAAGAGAGAAGUAAGACUUGUGAGUGGGAAUGGCAGUGGAGCGGCGGGACCAAUGUUCAGUGAGUCCACGAGAUUGUCUCAUUCACACAAUGGUCAAUCUCUGAGCAAACUCCCGGAGCGCCUUGGCAUUGCCACGGCGAGGGGCGCCGUGGAAGAGGACGAUGAUGUGGUGUUUGUUCCCAUGCAGCAGUACAGUGUCGGUGAUUUGUACACGUCUAGAAGCUAUAAUGCGCCGCCUGUGCCAAAAGUACCAAAAAUCCUGGAUGUGCAUUCUGUGAGGGAGCAAUCGCAGUUUGCGAGGCACGAGCUGAGUGUGUUGAAGGAGGAUGACGCGUCAUUUACAUUCCCGCCGAAUAAUCUGCACGAGAUGUCCACGUCGACGCGAAAGGACAUCUUCGGGAAGGUGGAGCAGGUGAAGAGGGAACCGCCGAGCUUGGGGGACUCUCGCACGGUGCACCACAUAGACAAUGUGUGGCUGCCUGAGGCCAAAGAGUGGAGUGUGCGAAAGGACGAGCGUAAGUCGCACAUUGUGAGUCACGUGAGUGAGAGUGAUCCGCUGAGGAUGACCAUUUCGAUGCGCGAUGGCAGCAGGAAUGCCUCGGUGGUGAACAAUUCGCUGUACAAGAAUCAGAGUCCGCAAUACAACAAACCCACGAAGAUUGCACGGCAGGACUUCAUGUCGAAUGGCAAUGACAGUGAUCAGAGUAUUUAUAUGAACAAUUCGGUGAAUGGCGUGAUAAAUCCGGAGGAUGAUUGGAGUGAGGAUGACAAUCAGCCGGUGUCGUCGUAUCAGCGCAAGGAGAUUGACAUGAAUGAGACACUGCAGGUGAUUGAUCACAAUCUGGGACAGGAAGUGGUGAAUCCCUUCAAUCCAAAUCUCAUUAAUGCCUUCCUCGAGAAGGCGGACUUCAUGAACUAUCUCGAUUCACUCGAGAGUUGCACCCUCACGAACAUUGUCAAGAUGAUAAAGCCCAAUUCCGUGAUAGAGAUGAAUGGACAUACGCUCGAUGUGGGUAAAUUGCUGGGAUCAGGAACAUUUGGGAAGGUUUACCAUGCAAAGUGUCAAGUGACGGGAAACUGCUAUGCUUUGAAGCAAGAACGACCGGCCAAUCUGUGGGAGUAUUAUAUUGUCUUGGAGCUCAAGGACAGAAUGAAUGAGAUGGAUCAAUCUCUGAUGUCGGCAUUCGUGGACGUUGAAUUUGCAAUGAUUGGAAACAAUGCAAGUAUACUGGCACUGCCUUUAUGUCGAUACGGAACAUUGCUGAAUGUAUGCAAUUUCCACAAGAAAACAACAGACAAGUGUCUUCAUGAGUUCAUUGUGAUCAUGCUGACGACUCAAAUGCUCUCAAUCAUUGAUUAUCUCCAUGCGUGCAAUAUCAUACAUGCUGACAUCAAGCCAGAUAACUUUAUGCUGACAUCCAAAUUGAACUACGAUUCGCCGUAUUCAGCACUGAAGCUCAUUGAUUUCGGCCAGUCGAUCGACAUGAAGCUCUUUCCAGAGAACACGACGUUCAAGUAUGUGGUGAAGACGGAGGGAUUCACGUGCACGGAGAUGCUGGAGAACCGGCCGUGGACAUACCAGACGGAUCUCUUCGGUGUGGCGGCCACGAUUCACGUGCUGCUCUUUGGGAAGUACAUGAAUGUGUCGAAGAGCUACAAUGGCUGGACGAUGACGCACAAGCUGCCCAGGUAUUUCCAGAAGGCGAUGUGGGAGAGAAUCUUCUCCAUGCUGCUCAACAUUCGCGAUUGCCAGUCGAUGCCGAAUCUGCAGGACAUGAAGUUGAUGCUGAAGAAGGAGCUGGCGAUGAAGGAGUCAGCAGUUAGAGAUCAAAUAAUUAAAUUUAACUCUGUCCUAGAUAAUUAUAAGCCCGGUUUGUGAAUAUCCUUAUUUAAAACAAAAAAAAAUCUAUAUAUAUUUACGAUUUAUUUUUGAAAUGUAGCGCGAUGAGUGGCACAACAUUUGUGAAUCAUUUGAGAGAAGCAAAAGCAGAUGAUGAAGAAAAAACACACGACAAAAUUUCUAGGAUGUUCCUUGUAAAGAAUGCAAAACACUUUAUUCCUCUUACUUUGUCACGUUUCUUUUAAUGAUGGACGUAGUGUUGACGAUGUAGAGCGGUUCACGGAUGUUGGGCUGGAUGUAUAAUUAGUGGAGUUAUGAAAAUCAGUAAAGAAAUUUGAAGAUGAUUUGUAACGAAAAAUGAUAUUUUUAAAAAAUGAUGAGCGGACACAAUUUUGAGAAGCUUAGGUGGUACUAAAUGAAAUUGUAAUGUACUAAAAGAGAGAAUAUACGAAGUGAACC